AUGGCCGUGGCCACGGUCCGGCGGCGGCGUUGCUUCCUCCUCGUGCUGGGAACGGCCAUUGCCAUUGCCGCCUCGUUAUUCGGCGCGGCGUCCGGCGCCGCGCUGGUGGGCGAUUCGUGCAAGGCGUCGUCCACCUCGGACGGCGGCGGCUGCGGCAAGGGGCUGCGCUGCACCACCUGCGUGCCACCGCCGGGGACGGGACCCGCCGCGUGCGCGCGGACCACGCCCAUCGACCCCAAGACGCACGGCACGGGUCUCCCCUUCAACAGGUACUCGUGGCUGACGACGCACAACUCGUUCGCGGUGGUGGGCACCAAGUCGCCGCUGGGGUCCGCCAUCAUCUCGCCGCCCAACCAGGAGGACUCGGUGAGCGAGCAGCUCAAGAACGGCGUGCGGGGCCUCAUGCUGGACGCCUACGACUUCAACGACGCCGUCUGGUUCUGCCACUCCUUCCACGGGCGGUGCCUGCCAUUCACCGCCUACGUGCCCGCGCUGAGCGUCCUCACGGAGGUCCGGGUGUUCCUCGAGGCCAACCCGUCCGAGGUGGUGACCGUGUUUCUGGAGGACUACGCCGCGCCGGGGUCCCUCAGCAACGCCUUCAACGCCGCCGGACUGUCCAAGUACUGGUUCCCCGAGUCCCUGAUGCCCAGCCCCAGCAAGGGCGGCGGUGAUGACUGGCCGCUGCUAAAGGACAUGAUCGCCGACAACCACCGACUCAUCGUGUUCACGUCCAAGAAAGGGAAGCAGGGGACGGAGGGCCUCGCGUACCAGUGGGACUACGUCGUGGAAACCCAAUAUGGGAGCGAGGGCAUGUCGGAUGGCGGGUGCCCGAAGCGGUCCGAGUCUCGGCCCAUGGACUCCAAGGCCCAGUCGCUGGUGCUGCUCAACUUCUUCACCAGCAACCCGAGCCAGAGCUGGGCCUGCAGCAACAACUCCGCGCCGCUCAUCAGCAGGCUCAACGCCUGCUACCAGGCAUCCGGCAACCGAUGGCCCAACUACAUCGCCGUCGAUUUCUACAUGAGGAGCAACGGCGGCGGCGCUCCCCUGGCCACCGACGUCGCCAACGGCCGCCUCCAGUGUGGCCGCGACAGCAUCACCUACUGCAAGCCGUCUUCUGCUCCGGCACCCGCAUCGGCUUCUUCACCGUCUCCUGCCCCCGCCGCUUCUCCGUCGUCUCCUGGGCCGGCACCUGGGCCUGCUAAUAGCUACUACUCUACUACUGGUUAA